AGAGCAGGAACUGCAGGGAGGACUGGUGGGCGGGGGAGCGGCGGCCGCAGAUAACGUCAUUGCCCUGCCCAGCUUUUCUCGCCGCAGUCGCCUCGCCGCGCGGACCCUAGGCCAAGGCCAAAGGGAGCUUCCGAAUGCAAGUCGGAACUGCGGCCCCGGGCCUUCAUGACCCGACGCCUGGACUGGAGAGUGUGCAACUGCGAGACCGUGGGAAUCGAGAGCCCCUCCGAGCCGGCAGUGUGCCAAGCCGGGACUGGAAGCUUCCCUAGGGCGUCCGCGCCUCUGCUGGGCGCUUCCACCUGUGUGCACACACGCACCCGCGCUGCGAAGACGCUGUGUGUAGAGCCCGGAGGAUCGACCCCAGGCUUUGUACUCCACUCAGGCGCCCCGGUAGCCUGGCUACUGCAAUUGCAACGAGAGCUUGCUUGGUCCCAGGCCGCCGCGAGACCCCCUCCUAAGGGCUCCAGGCUUCGGAACCACCCUCCAGUGACCCCAGCAGGCCCACACAGGUGCCCGGGCCACACACACCUCACGUCUCGAAGGGCAGUACACACAACUCCCAGCCAUCCACAUGCCUUCAUGUCUUUCUUCACUCUGCUCUACACAGAUGACCCAGAAUUGGGGUCAGCUGUAUAAGAAGAGAUGGAAAAAUAGAAAACAAUGGGAGCUUACUGAUAUGGUGGUAUGGGUGACUGGAGCUUCAAGUGGGAUUGGUGAAGAGCUGGCUUACCAGCUGUCUAAACUAGGAGUUUCUCUUGUGCUAUCAGCCAGAAGAGUGCCUGAACUGGAAAGGGUGAAAAGAAAAUGCCUUGAGAAUGGCAAUUUAAAAGAAAAAGAUAUACUUGUUUUGCCCCUUGACCUGACUGACAGAAGUUCCCAUGAAGUAGCUACCAAAACUGUUCUUCAGGAGUUUGGUAAAAUUGACAUUUUGGUCAACAAUGGGGGAAGAUCUCAGCGUUCCUUGUGUGUAGACACCAGCCUGGAUGUCUUCAAAGAGCUAAUAGAACUUAACUACUUAGGAACAGUGUCCUUGACUAAGUGUGUUCUGCCUCACAUGAUUGAGAGGAAGCAAGGAAAGAUUGUUACUGUGAAUAGCCUCGUGGGUAUCAUAGCUGCACCCCUUUCCAGUGGAUAUUGCGCCAGCAAACAUGCUCUUCGGGGUUUUUUUAAUGCCCUCCGAACUGAACUUACUGCAUACCCAGGUAUAGUAAUUUCUAACAUUUGCCCAGGACCUGUGCAAUCAAAUAUUGUGAAGAAUGCCUUAACUGAAGAAGUCACAAAGGCAGUAAGCAAUGACGGAGACCAGACCUACAAGAUGGCAACCAGUCGUUGUGUGAGACUGAUGUUAAUCAGCAUGGCCAAUGAUUUGAAAGAAGUUUGGAUCGCAGAUCAUCCUUAUUUGUUAGUUGCAUAUUUGUGGCAAUAUUUGCCAACCUGGGCCUGGUGGAUAACUGGGAAAUUAGGGAAGAAAAGGAUUGAGAACUUUAAACGUGGUGUGGAUGCUGAUACCUUUUAUUUUAAAACCUGGAAGACAAAACAUGACUGAAGGAAUACUUGCAUUUUUCAAGCCACUGGAGGGAGAAGUGGAAGACAUGAGCAAUCCUCUUACACAUGGAAGACUAGUAAUAGUUACAAUGAUAAAUAAAAGAUUGUUGUGAAUCUUGCAAUAAAGAUAUUAGCAAUAUCACAUUUGUGGGUAAAUGAAUAUUUUAAAAUAGUCAGCAGAUGUGCUUAAAGUCUAGGUUAGCAGAAUUCAAAACAAAAAUUAAAAUAAACCAUUUAACAUAAAUUUGUGGAGUAGUAUAUGGAGGCCAGUGCUGGGUAAUGAGCAGAUAUACAGAAGUAUCUGAAAUAGUCUUGCUUCCAUGGUGCUAACACUCUUAGAAGAGUUGACAGGUACAAAUGACUGUCAUUUGAAGCAGUAGGUAGGGUUCAUAGCUGCCACAAUUUAUUAAACAAGUGUUAUUGUGAUUUUCUUGGAUCUUGGUAUGAUAGUUUUUGAAUCCUACACAUUUUAUCUGUUAUUUUAAGAAACCAUGGGUCCUAUUUAAAUCUUAUUUUUGUAAGCAUUUGCCCUGUUUAGUAUAUAGAUCACUUUAGUAUAUAGAUCACUGAGCUAUAUUCCAGUAGGCUUCAUGGUGUUAUUUUGGUAUACUUGGUUAACCCCUUCUAGUGGGGGCUCCUGGUGCUGCCUGAGAAGAUGAAAGUGGUUCUCUGUUCCAUGCCCCCUGGUGUCCCAGCAUCUCCACAGGGAGGAGAGUCUUGGUUCUGCAGGGGCAGAAACUUCUUAGACAGGCCAUGUGCUCUGAGUGUGUUUUGCCAGUUUUACCUGCCCACCUUGUUAUCUUUUGUGGAAAGGGAAAGUCUUAAAGCCAGUAGGAAAGGAAAGUGCUUGCUCUAGUCACUUGUUUUCAGCAGGGCUACCAAUUGAUCCCCCUUGCUGGUGAUGUCAGACUUGCUUAGUGUUACCAGAGGAGAUCUUAUUCAACUAUUUAACCUGUGUUGCCUUAAGUUGUUGGGUUGGAGGUCAAGAACUGUUGAGUCUUGGUGGCCUUCAGCUGUUGGCUGGGAGGAUGCAAAACACCAUGCCACUCUGCUCCUCUUCCAGUCCUGGGAUCCCAAAGCAGCUUGCUUUCAUCUUACCACUUUUUAUGUUCUCUGUUGCUUAUCUGAUGUAUCACAGGGUUUAUGUUUGGGCUUAGCAAAGAGGAGCAGGAUAAAGUGGUUUUACACCAUUCUGUUCAGAGUAGAAGUCAAAUAUUAUCUUUUAAAAAUUUGAAUUUGUUUAUUGUCUAUAUACAGAAAUACUGAUUUUUAUAACUUGGUGUUAAGUCUACCAGUCUUGAAGUUGUUCUUGUUAUUUUUGUAUGUUCUGAACUUUUAUUGUAUUUUGUAUUUUCUGAACAAACAUCAUGCUCUCUGAAUAAUAAGUUUUAUUCCUUCAUUUUCAGGCCUUAGAUAUUUUAUUUCUUUUCCCUGUCUUAUUCUUUCUGGCCAAGACUACAAGACAAAGUUGAAUGACACAGUGAAAAUGCUUCCUAUAUUUCAUUUCCAGUCUAAGAAGGAGACUGUUUAACACUUCACUGUUAACUAUUAUUAGUUGUAGGUUUCUGAAAAUACCCUUUAUCAGAUUUAGGAAGUUCCUCUUUUACUUCUUUGCUGAACAUUGUCAUAGCAGUUUUCUUCAUUUCUAUGGGUAAAUAAAACUUAUGUGGAUUUCUCAUUCCUCUUGUAUGAAGCCAUAACUUCCUGAGAUUCUUCAUACACCUGAGAACUAGAUUUAUAGCAAUUUGUCUAAUUACUCUGAACCUAAGGUAUAAUAAGAUGUCUCAUUUCCCUAAGAAGCUCAAAUAAUUACAGUCUGGUUUGGCCCUUACAUUAAGCCCAAAGUGCCAGAAAUACUGAAGUAACUAUCUUCUUAGCUGUUGCCUGGGACCUAGGAGAUAUCUCUAGGAGACACAUGGGGGCCAUCUGACUCCUGGAGAGAUUUUUUUUUAAGAUUUAUUUAUGCAUAUAAGAGCUGGUAUGUGUGUGAUAGGGAGGGCAGGUGAGAGGAUUCACCAGAGACAGAGUUGGGAGCAGAACAGGCAGAUGUACUACAAUACACGGUUAAGGGGAGCAGUGAGCGAGAAAGGGAGAGGUCUGCUGCACCAUGUGGGUCACCUCCCUGGCCAGGGAUCUAACUCAUGCCUCAAUGGCUGCUGAUAGCGUCAUAGUGCUGAGACUUAACCCCUUGCGCCACCAGGGAGGCCCUGUUUUUGUUUUUUAACCUAACGGGAGAGAAAAGGGGAGAACCUUCCAGGAGGGGAAGAGAACAGUUAGGGAUUGAGGAGAUUGAGGAGAUCAUUUUUUUUCACCCUUAAAUUUAGGAUAUAGUCCUGGAGAUCCUAAUCCAAUGUGUGGUCUGUUACUAAGAUUCCUUCCUCCUUCACAGGAGAACCCUGGCCUCCAAUUUUUGUCCCUUUAACUCAUCAGUAAGGCUGACAAAAGUGUUACUUAGCUUUUCUCUCAACCAUCUCUUCCUGAAUUGGCAAAUGCUGAGUUCAAGUCUCAUUCUGCUUUGUACCUUGGUGAUGUAAUUCUUCACUGUAUUUUGUUUCUCUGAUAUGUAGGCAUAUUAAACUUAUUUUAUCCAACAUUUCUAGUUGUUCUCUGUGAGAUGACUGGUGUGAUUUGCCUACUUACCACUAAAUGUGAAGUCAGUAAAACAGGUCUUAGGGAAAAUGCAAUAGUCAGUUUUGAAUAUCUCAGAUAACAAUAACAAAUAAAUUAGACAUACAAGGUUCAAUGCUAAGAAGAGAGGUUGAGUUAAGUAGGUAUAUUUGAACACUGAUUGAUGAUAGUUCAGAUCUUGGGUGUGAAUGGGACUAUAUGGCAAAUACAGAAAAAGACGAUUGGAACCAAGU